GCUUCCGUGCGCGGUACCAGCUCUCGAAACACAUCAAUUGGCUGGUGCUGGUUGCGAGGUUUCAGACGCUCAUCUCCUCGGCGGCAUCAUUGCAAGGCGUCAUCGGUCAGCUCGGACCGAGUUGCACUGUGUCUGGCAUCAAGAUACAGCGCGGCGGUCCGAGGCGGGUGUUGAUGGUGAGUAGCCUUGUAUUUCGCUUCCGGAAUCAGUCGAGCAACUUCAUCUCCGCCUUGCGGAGCUUUCAUCGAAAGUACUCUCGAGGCCGACAAUGUGAAGGGGAAAAACGGUUGGCGACAUCUUUCUGGGGGCGCUCGGCCACAGGAGCUGGCAGCAGUGUGGCCCUCUCCUUUCCGUUUACAUCUCACCAGUCGUGCCUUCCCUCUCUACAUCACCCGUUGUCGCUCCUUCCCAACACCGCCAUCCCGCUGACGCAGCGCACAGCGGGCUAGAAGAUGGCAUCAUUGGACUUCGACCAAAAGUUCCUCGGUCGAAUAGCCAAGCAGACAGCCGACAGCAACCCAUUGCUAUCCAGCUCGCUCUAUCAAAUUCUCGGCCUGUCCGUCCUGCUCUCGCGAAGACUCGUGCGGGCGAGAAAGCUACGGAAGCUUGACACCAGCCGCGACACGCCCUCCCUCGCUCUCUACCAACACAUUCUGUGGCUGUCUAGGGAAGGGCUGUCAAUCCUGGAGCUCUACGUCCUGCCGUAUGCGCAAGACAAUCAACAUGGGCCCGAAUGCAGGGUGCUCAGCGUCAAGCUCCGCGCGAGCUUCUAUCACAUCUUCUGCCUGUUUCACAACCAGCCGCCGAUCACAGCAACAGGUAUGCCCACGAGCGACCCUCGAAACGUCGGCGUGCCUCCAUUACCGCUCUCCGAGAGAACAGGCAACGGCCAAACCCGGCACAUGGACACCUCUAGUCUCUCACCAUCCUCAAAGCGCGCAGGAAAGCAGCCAAUGCUUCGCGAGCCCAUCGACUCCAUUGUCUCGGAGACAUCCUUCGUCACGAAUCCGUAUGCGACAGGAGGUCCGGUGGCCACUCCCUCACCUGGGCCUCCAAAUGCGCCUCCUGGACUCCACCCAAUUCCAAUACCUCAACCCUCAUCAUUCAUCCUUCCGCCCUUGAACUUUGUGCCACUAGCUGGUGGCUACUUCGAGACAGCAAGUGCAUACGCGACGUCCUUCCUUCCUGGGUCGCAUCCGUUGCGGUUAUCAGUUGCUCUAGAGCACAGCGCCUUCCUAUGGGAUUGCCUACACGACCACGAGGGGUCUCGACGUAUAGCCCGCCGCGCGAUAAAGGACGUGUAUCGCGCACAGGAAGCAAUGGACGACAGCGAGUUUGAGGAUGCAGCGGAGCUGGUCGGGAUCCUGGGUCGCAUGAUGAAGCGCAAGAGCUGGGAAGGGACACCUCGAGUUGGUGGGCUUGGGACGCCCGAACCAGUGGCCCCCCCUGCCGUUCAAGCUGGUGCCGGUUUACGAAACGAUAAAGCACUCGUUGCGCCCACUCAGGCAAGCCCUCAAACAAGUCGGCGUGCUGCGGGGGCGCCUCCAAUCGAUAAUUCUCCUACAGAGACUCAAACGCGGGGCACCGCACGUAGUCGCUCGAAUUCUGCAAACAAACCAGGGACGAGGCAGAAAGAGGGUGGCAGCCACGAGAAUACGCCACGGUCAGAUACGCAACGUUUCACGGGAGGAGGAAGCCAGGAAACUACACCACGUGCGAGGCAUAUCAGUGUGGAAAGUGGAGCGAGCUCGACGCCACGCGCUCCACAAGGAGCUGGUGGGCGCUCACCUGCGACGCCUUCGACGGUCCGAACGAUCCAACAACAACCGGGCAGUGGUGGAUCCGCCAAAGGCACACCUGUUGUUGGGAACUCGACGCCAAUCUCACCUAGCGCUGCUGCGACGCUUGCCUCAAACGCUGUUCGAGCCUCGCCUACCCUACGCCGAUCACCGCCCAUACGAACAUCUCCGACCCAGGAGAGCACCUACGCAAACCAGCAGCGAUGACAAACAGAGAAGGGGCGGGGUAAAGCAAGGAAGAUGGACGUACAGUGGACGAUACCCGACUACGAGGCGCAGAUUACCCUGCGGCCUUUGAGUCAGUCACCGGCGGGCUCGUCGACGCCGAAUCGGUCAUCUACAUAGGAGUCCGAUUGUUUCCUUGCCGGACCGUCCCCUUCUCGAAACUAGCUUACAGAUAGAUCCGCAUCACUGCCAUUCAGUCAUAUGCUCUUCCUUUUUCUCGACCGUGUACUACCAC